AAUAAUUUGAGAGUUUUGUGUAGGGGCAUUUUAGAUAAACGAUAUCAAAAUGCUAUACAUUUUUUAAUUGGAAGUAAUAUAAUAGCUUAUUUAUUUUGGGCAUACUUUGGUUGCGAAAGUUCGGACAAGCAUUAGAUGGUAAUAAUUUAAAGAAAUUAAGACCUAGUAGUAAUGCCACUGCUAAUUGAAGUCGGGGGCAAUUCUGGCUUGCAUUUGAGUUUGCAAGAACUUUUGUACUUUUCAAAUAGCCGAAAAGUAUGCAAUUCGGAUAAUAGCAAGGACCACUGACGAAGUGAAGAGUUGAUUUAUAUGCAUUAAAUUAAUAAAGUUGUGGGCGUUACAAAUGCAACGGAUAUAUAAUACAAGAAAAAAUACUGCGUGUAUAAAAUACUUAAAUUACUCCCGAACCUUUCUACAAGUGACUUAACAUGGGGGAAAGGAAAUCUUCUGCCGAAUCGCCCAAUAUACAAGUCAUCGACAAAUCCAAUAUACUCUUGGUUACAGCCAACGUUGGAACUCUCUUUGAAGAUCCCCUAGGAUUACUGCAUCCUUGGCUUGAAGAGUUUAUGCUGAAAAUUAAGGAGUUACGCCCGCAUUUCGUGGCUCUCCAUAUGCAAGAAGUAGGCGGCAAAACUUACGAGAAAGCAUCAAAUUCAGUUAAAGAAUUUGUCAAAUUACUUUGUGAAGAUGCUGCAAUGCGAGAUUUUUCGGCUGUCCAAAUAUACAUGGAUGAAAACUUUAAUAGUUUAGAAAAUUUUACGGCUUUAGGAAGUUUGUAUUUCGCUCACAAAAAUUUAAGUAGUAUUCGGAUAUGGAACUUCUCGAAUGGCACAUGGGAACAGCCUGCGGGGAAAAAUAUUUACUUUGGCAAUAUAGAAAACAUUUCUACAAAAGAGAAAUCUAAAUUUCCUCUCAAACUUUUUCCUGAGUGUAAAUGGUCGAGAAAAGGAUUUAUGAGAACACGUUGGGACAUUAAUGGCACCGUCGUUGAGUUCGUAAAUAUACACUUAUUUCACGACGCAUCAAAUUUAAAGGCACGCGAGGAGUACCCCUCUGUUUACUCCCAGAGGAGGAGACAAGCAUUAAUUCAUACAUUAGAAAGGUUCCUUACGGACAAGGUGAAUGAGCCAGUACCAUAUUUUGUUUUCGGCGAUUUCAACUUUAGAUGCGAUACUGAAGGUGUUACCAAGGAAUUGACUAAAAAUCUUACGGAACAUCGUGUAUCAACCAGCAAUGUAAAUAGUGCUAAAAUCUGCUACCGCGAUGAAGACGGAGAAAACGUUUUAAUUAUCGGGAAGAAGGAAUUUAAUCACGUGAAGCAUCAAAAUAAAUUUAAAGAAGAAUGGUUAAAGAAAUACGAUCGAGAUUGGGAUAUUUUUAGAGGUAUAUUAUGCGAAUACGACAUUCCAUUUCCACCAUCGUAUCCUUAUAAGGAGGAACCACACUUGCCAACAGAAUACAUGAUAACUCGCUGCCCUUCAUGGUGUGAUCGAAUUUUAAUGAGCCCUCAAAUUCCAGAAACGAUAUUGGCUUCUAAAGAACAUAAUCCGUACAACGUUAUUGGAGACAACGUUUGUAUGGGCGACCAUAAGCCGGUGUACUUAAACGUCCAGUUAAAAACGAAUCAAGGUAUUGUGAAACCACAAGCAAAAGUAUCAGACUGUUUGCAUCACAUAUCAAAGAUGAUACUUUCCAAUGAUUCAGAUAACUCGGGAGAAGGAUGCAAGAUGGAGCCUAAGUCACAAUUUAUAAGACUCAAUCAAAAAUUUGUCAGUGGAAAUCGGGAAUCUUUAUAUUCGGGAAUGAUUAAAAAUGACGCGAGCGAUUGCAUUAAAACAAAAUGUUGGAUAAAAUCGAAUGUUACUAAUGUCUAUAUAAUUUUAAAAGAAACGCAAUUUUAAUUAAAUAUAAAUUAUAAAGCUGUAUGACAUA